GCUGUUCAACGUUGGAACAUUUGGCUUUCUUUCAUGGCAGCAGCGUCCUCCGUGGAUAUACCGCCAAACUGCUGCCAUCGGGCACUCGUGAAGGGGCGAUGAGUUACCCACCGCCUCAUAACGGCCAGUAUCCUCCGCAGUAUGUGCCGCCGCAGCAGCAACAGCCGCAGCAACAGCAUGCGCAUCCCAGUGUCCCUCAUCCCCAGCAAGCGCCGUACAAUAUCAAUCCCAAUGCAUCGUAUCCGCAAUAUGGCAAGCCGAUGAUCUAUCCCCAGGUCCUGAUCUCGAAUUAUCCUGUAUAUUCGCAGCAACAGCAGCCGUCACCGCAGCAGCAGCAACAGCAGUUUUAUUAUCAGCAGCAAGUACAACAGCAACAAGUACAACAGCAGCAGCAACGCCCACUGGGACCUCCACAGCAAUAUGUCAACCCGGCGGCCACGACCUUCUCACACCCGCAGUCGCCCGUGCCAGGCAGCAUCGCAGCUUCCCCAUCGGCGCAUUUCAUCCACGGGCCUCCCUCCGCGCCUUCCCCAUAUGGCAACCGGCCUCCUUCCUCACCGGUGGUCGCUGUGACUUCCGUUCCUUCCCACAGUGCAACUUCCAUCGCGCCUGCCUCGCCGGUUCCCUCGCCCUACUACGUCCCCCACGAUGCCAAUGCCAACCGUCCGAAUGCGCAGUUCGCCCAGUUUCCCGCCAACUCGCCGCUGCAGGCUCAGCUUCCUGUUGCUCGUCCCAGCCAGCAGCUAUCUCGACCUCCUGUAGUACAGCAGCCACGGCAACAACCGCAACCCGCACCAUCUGCCUCUAGGUCAAUCUCUCCGGUUCGGAAACAAGUUCCGCAGGUUCUGAUUCCUUCCCCUGCGAAACCAAAGACGAUGCAAUCUCCAGCACAGGCCAAGAAGCCGGCGGUGAAACAGAGCCUGCCGUCAGGAGACAAAUCGAAUAAGCCGCCAGUGGAUUAUCAGUUGGUGCUGCUGGCGCUGGCGGAUGAGUAUCUCAAGGCUGCGCAUCACCAGGGGACAAUGGUGGCACUGAUGAGAAAGGAAAUGGCAGUGGAGGAGUAUUAUAAACUCGUGGCUACAGGAUUGGGUUGUUUGGAGGCUGUACUGAAGAACUGGAGACUGCAGCCGCGAACGGAGGCGCUGGUCAGACUGCGCUAUGCCCGCGUCCUGUACGAAGAGACGGACAACCACAUGGAGGCGGAGACUGCAUUAAGUAAAGGCAUUGAUCUAUGCGAACGCAAUCGGAUGCUUGAUCUGAAAUACAGCAUGCAGCAAUUGCUCGCCCGGAUGUUACACAGGUCGAACCCCAAAGCUGCGUUGAAAGCUGUGGAUGGCAUGAUCCAGGAUGUCGAAGCGUAUCGACAUGUCGCAUGGGAAUACGCCUUUCGCCUCCUCCGCGUGAGUCUGUCGUUAUCGACAUCCUCACAUCAAGACUUUGUAGCGGCACUGCAUCAUCUGCACAAGAUUUCCAGCCUGGCCAGCCGUAAUGGGGAUAGGGCAGUUUCCGUGAUUGCAGCGGUCACCGAGGCACUGGCCCAUCUCCAACAGUCGACAUCUUCUGACUCGAUUGAGCAAGCUCAACGAGCCGUGGCUUCAGCGCGGAGCUACCAGUUGAACACUGAAGUUCAGGAGAUACCGCAGAUCAAUACCCUGAUCCAGAUGGUCGACAUUUCUUGCAGUCUACUCGAGUACGACCUCAAUCAGUCAACGCAGAAGCUGCAGGUUAUGCAGAGCUUGAUGGACCAGAAGAUCAAUGACUCACACUGGCGUGAUGAUGGGUCAUUUUCAAUUCCAUUGAGCGGCAAGUCAGUCGGUCCUGCGUCCGCGGACACUGGGGAUAUUCUGCAAGUCGAGAAUGGCGUACCGGUUCUCACCUUGAACUGGCUUCCCCAACAUGACCUCUACGUGCUUUGUUAUUUCCUCAGCUCAGUCACCCUCAGCGCGAAGAACUCGCACGACGGCCGUAAAGCUGAAAAGUACCUCCAGGAAGGAUUACGAAUGAUCAGAGGCAGUUUCAAGGCCCCGCAAGAGGUUCCUGAGUCGUUGAUGACUGCGGGUAGACGCAUCGAGUGGCGCCGGAUCCUCUACUGCAAUCUUCUCCUCCAGCAGAUCUUUCUUGCGUCUGCGCGGACUGACUGGGAUCUAGCCAGCCAGACAAUGAAGGAGUUGCGACAAGUUGCGAAAGAUCUGGGACACAGUCUGCCUGAGAGUAUCCAGUGUCUUAUGGAAUAUGCUACGGGGGCGAUUGCGCAAGGCACUGGCGAUCUGACAGCUGCUCUGGCCUCGUUCCGUUCUCCGAUUCUCUCCCUCUCGCCGUCAGCCAGCAAGGCGAUGCGUAACGAUCCCCAGCGAGACAUCGCUAUCCUGGCGACCUUGAACACCGUGUUGAUCUUGCGUGAUCCCAGCCAUCCGAAUCAUUCUCAGCUCCCGAGUAUCUUGUCCACUCUGGAAGCUUUCUGCAAGAACAGUCCUAGCCGGUACAUCCAAGCCGCAUACUAUCUUGUCUGCGCCACUGUCCAGACUGAGUCGACGAUCCAGACCAAGCAAUUCCUGCAGCAAGCAUUGCAGUCGGCGACGUCUAUUGGGAAUUGCCAGAUCACCUGCAUGACGCUGACCUUUAUGAGUUGGAAGUACUUCCGGGGUGUCGUGGGUGAGCAGUCCGAGAAGAGCGCUCGGGCCGGUCGAGCAAUGGCGAAGAGGGCCAGCGACCGACUCUGGGUCAGUGUCACAGACGAUAUGCUGGCGGAAACCCUUGAACGACAGGGUAAAGGAGAAGAGGCAGGUUCAGUGAGAGAGGAAGCACACCGGGUCAUGAUGAGUUUACCUCCUUCUCUGAAGAAAGAAGUGGCUCACUGAGUCAAUUUUCUGCUGCUGAUGCGGCCUACUCAUAUGUUGGUGGAUCGUCCGGGCAUACCGGCGUUUGCAUUCAAUUUUCUAUCGGAUUGCCUUUACGAAUCAGCGGAGUUACGGAGGACCAGGACAGGACAACGCAACUGGCAUGGGAGCGGGCGCUUCUGAUCUCAAGGGAAGUCGCCUGAUAUAAUUUUUCUUCUCAGAUGUCAAUAUUCAACUGCAAGCGUGGGAAUGAUGUGACUUGAUGUAUGUACUUUUCUCUCCGGUGACUAUCUACGACAAUCUCAUGAGAUACCAUGUCAUAUUUACUUGGUUGAAAAACAAGCAAAAUUUGUC